UGGGCGGGGCUUCCCUCAGUCAUGGCGGUGGACAUCACGCUCCUGUUCAAGGCCAGCGUGAAGACAGUGAAGACCCGGAACAAGGCGCUGGGGGUCCCUCUGGGAGGAGGAAGCAGCGACGAUGCCCUGCUGCUCAAGCGCGGAGGCAGGCCCAGGAGUGACUUCUCUGGCAGGGCUCGCGAGGUGGUCAAUAAUAUUGGGAAGCUGAAAGAUUUUCUUCUGCAGCAUAGGAAAGAUUACAUUAAUGCCUACAGCCAUGCCAUGACUGAAUAUGUGCGAAUGACUGACACCGAGCGAGAUCAGAUUGACCAAGAUGCCCAAAUAUUUAUGAGAACAUGUGCUGAUGCCAUUCAGCAACUUAGAACAGAAGCUCACAAGGACAUUCAUUCCCCACAAGUGAAGCAACACCGAGAGGCUGUCUUGGAUUUCAUUGGAGACUAUUUAAAAAGAGUGUGUAAGCUUUAUUCAGAACAAAGAGCUAUCCGGGUUAAGCGAGUAGUUGAUAAGAAAAGAUUAUCCAGGCUUGAGCCUGAACAGAGCAAUAAAUCCAAAACAACUUCUUCUUCUGAAAUAACUGUUCAGACAUCUUCAGGAGAACUGGAGGAAAAAUCCAUUUGUGAAAUCAGCAAAGAUAAGAAUGUGAUAGAUGAACAUGCUAAUUUUGGACUUUGGGGUGAUGGCAAAGGAGAAGAUGAGCUUUCACCUGAAGAAAUCCAAAUGUUUGAACAAGAAAACCAGCGCCUUGUUGGUGAAAUGAACAGCCUAUUUGAUGAAGUGAGACAAAUUGAAGGGAAGGUGGUUGAAAUAUCUAGACUGCAGGAGAUAUUCACAGAAAAAGUCUUACAACAGGAAGUUGAAAUUGAUAGUAUCCACCAGAUAGUUGUGGGUGCAACCGAGAACAUCAAAGAAGGCAAUGAAGAUAUAAGAGAGGCAAUAAAGAACAAUGCUGGAUUUCGUGUAUGGAUCCUCUUCUUCCUUGUGAUGUGCUCCUUUUCUUUAUUAUUUUUGGACUGGUAUGGUAGUUAACCUUGGCCUUGUAUAAACCUGAAUCAAGACUGAUGAACCCACCUUUGACCGAUAUUGGCUGAAGAUGAAAGCCUUGUUGCAUUUCAUUUAUCAUCAUGGUGGAAAUAUCGUUAUUCUUGAGGCAAAUAUUCUGGUCACGUUUAUUUUACCACUACUCAGGAAUUUGCUAGAACAAGGGAAAGCUUUAAACCACUAGCAGAUUGAAACUCAGAAAGUGGCAUGAAAUCCUCAAUAAAAGUGUAACGCCAGUCCUUGCAAUAAGAAGUUGUGGUCCAUCAUGAAGCUAGAUUCGGUGACAUGUUUACAGUGGAAGCUACUGUACUUCAUGAACAGAUGGGGCUUACAGACAUCUAUCCAACAUUAAUUUUAAACUCAUGGACUCCCACUAAAUAAAAAUUAUUUUCUACUUAUUGUUUAUAGUUCUGAAGCCAAGUCAGUGAAUCCCACUGAAAUUGAUAGCAAGUCUAUGAAUUCUGUUUAGCCACCAUUACACAAUUUUUACUUGUUUCAGUUUUAAAUUUGUUUCAAGUGCAACAUACCCCUAAUGUUCCUGUGUAAUGAAAUAGGUAGCACGUUAAGGUUCCAGAAUUUUAAAAACAAAAGUCAAUAUUCAGUUACAACCCUUAAAUUGAUUGCCAAAAUUGGCCUACUUCCAGGUAUAAUAAAGGGGCAAAACAGACCAGCAGGAAUGGCAGCUUGAAGCCACCCCUUCUGAAGAUGGAUUGGGGCUGCAACGAACUCAUGCCAUGACCCCGAAAAAAGAGCAGUAAAGAGCUGGCUUUGCCCCCCUGGCCACGUUUGGAAACCAGCUUCAGGCUAUUUCAGUGGUGUAAGGCAUCUAAACACUGCACUGCCAGAGUGCCUAAAGCACAUGUAUGCAGCUGCCCAGAAGCCAGGGGGCUUCAAGACAUCAUCGCAAUGUGUGCUCCUAAACACCGCAUGCCCUAAAUGGACGUAUUUGGGCUGUCUGUUUAUUAAAGUUGCUCUGUAUUGUAGAGGACUUGAGACUCGUUGGUCACAGCUGUCAUUUCAAAUUACAGCAAAAGUAUUUUCUUGUCCUUUUGUUAAAUAUUCACUAAUAAAGAGCAAGUAAUCCAGAUUCCUGAA